CUGGCUAAUUAUUUUAAACAGGCUGUUUUUAUUUUCCCAGCAAUUGAUGAGUACAAGCCCCUAGAUGCCACUACAAACCCAUCUCUCAUACUAGCUGCUGCUCAGAUGCCAGUUUACCAGAAACUUGUGGAUGAUGCAGUUGAGUAUGGAAGAAAACUUGGUGGGUCACAAGAUGAGCAAAUUAAAAAUGCUUCUGACAAACUUUUUGUGUUAUUUGGAGCUGAAAUAUUGAAGAGAAUACCUGGCCGUGUGUCAACAGAAGUAGAUGCAAGGUUGUCCUUUGAUAAGGAAGGAAUGAUUCAGAGGGCCCGGCGCCUCAUUGACCUCUAUAAGGAAGCAGGAAUUGGUAAAGAUCGUAUUCUCAUAAAGCUCUCGUCAACGUGGGAAGGGAUCCAGGCUGGCAAGGUUCUGGAAGAGGAGCAUGGGAUUCACUGCAAUAUGACCUUGCUGUUCUCCUUUGCUCAGGCAGUUGCCUGUGCUGAGGCUGGUGUUACUCUGAUUUCGCCAUUUGUAGGACGUAUCCUGGACUGGUAUGUUGCAAAUGGGGAUAAGAAAGCCUACGAGCCCUCAGAGGAUCCAGGUGUCAAGAGUGUCACUAAGAUUUAUAAUUACUACAAAAAGUUUGGCUACAAAACUAUUGUGAUGGGCGCUUCGUUCCGAAAUACAGGAGAAAUAAAAGCACUUGCAGGGUGUGACUAUCUCACUAUUUCACCUAAGCUCUUGGCAGAGCUCAGCAAAGAGUAUGUCAAGUUAACUCCCACGCUCAGUAUUAAAGAUGCUCAGGCAUGUGAUCUUGAGAAGAUCCACCUGGAUGAGAAAACAUUCCGCUGGCUCCACAAUGAAGACCAAAUGGCUGUGGAGAAGCUGUCAGAUGGGAUCAGAAAAUUUGCUGCUGAUGCAGUUAAACUAGAGCAAAUGUUAAAGGAUCGAAUGUUCAGUGCUGAAAAUGGAAAAUAGGCAAAUCAUCAUUUUCCUGGCUGGUCAAGACUCAAUGAGUGGAUCAUUUGAAAUUAAGUGGAUGUAAAAAUGUCUUACCUGUAAAAGUCUUAUGCUAUAUAUUGAAUAGAUUUCUGUAUUAUGCUUUUUUAAUCAGUUUGCAAAGGGACAAAAAUUCAAUUUUUGUGGUACUCUUGUCAAUAUACUCAAAUUAACACAU